AUGAGUGCUGGAAAGCAAGUUUUUGUUGUUGGUGGAAGUGGGAUGACUGGCAAAAAGAUUGUCGAGCUACUAUGCGAAAAUCCGGCCUUUUCCCGCAUUGUCCUCUUCGGACGCCGUACAAUCAAUUUGCCAUCCGCGCCCCCGCAUUUGGAGCAGAAAAUCGUGGAUUUUGAUAAGCUAUCUGACAACCAGGGUCUUUUCUCUGGUUUUGAUGUUGGUGUGUGUGCACUGGGCAGCACAUUGAAAGGCUCGACAAGGGAAAUCUACAAGAAAGUUGAUUACGAUUAUGUGGUUGCUACCGCAAAAAUGGCCAAAAACUGCGAUGUGAAGACGUUUUGCCUGCUUUCGGCUUCCAGCGCGGAUGAGAAAAGCCAUUUCUACUAUAUUAAGAUCAAGGCAAGAGAUCGAGAAAAGCCGAGUCUUGGCUAUACGCUUCUUACAAACCUUCUUAAACCUACAAUGUACUUCACAGCGCGACUACAAAUCCAGGAUACCGAUAUUGCUAAGGCUCUCAUCACCACAUCUCUAAACAAUUCUAAAAAAGGAACAAUCCCCCUCGACGCUACUCAAAUGAAAAAGAUUGCCGAUGGCUAUAAUAAU